GAAGUUUCAGUUUAACAUGCUUAUUUUCGUUUAAUGUCAAAAUGUGUGUUAAUAUUUUCGGAAUACCAUGUGCAAGAAGUUUUCCUUUAUAACAAACCUUACUAUUUGCACAAAGUACAGGGCGUGCAUUUUUUGGGCAUGCAUAAAUAUAGUCUUCGGCAUCGCAUUUAUCCCUUUAGUUGUGGACUUUGUGAAACGACAAAAACUACCCAAUUCUGUUUUGGUUUUUGGUUGCAUAUGUGGAGGCAAUUUGAUACUAUCCGGGUUCAUGUUACUUAUUGGUGUUUUAAAGGAUGUUCGGUGUUUGGUUGGCUCAUCAAUAGUUUUCUGCGGCAUAGGCAUAUUCUUUAUUCACUGGCUAAUAAUUCCUUUGGCGCUCUUUUUCAUUUUUUCUUUUAUUGUGUUUAAUUAUUAUCAAGUGGUUAUGUCUCCCGAUGAUCGCUAUCGAGUGCCGAGGCGAUUUACGUAAAUAAAACAUUUAUUUUUGUUUAAAGCAAGUGUACUAUAGAUUGUACUCUAAGGUCCAUAAUAAAUAAAAACACUCUCACGUUUCCCCUUUAUUUUCAGAGCUCUUAGGUUCGAAAGCAGAAACACCACGGUCUCACAAACUGGUAUUUAUGAUAGGAACUGGAUAAGUUGGCAUUAGAGGGGCUUUGGCCUGAAUCGCAAUCGCCUUUUGGCCGCCAACGGAAAUAUUUAUUCCACCUUAUCCCAUAAGUAUCUGGGUAUCGCCGCCCGUGCAAUCUACUCCAAAUAACUGCAAUAGUUUUAUGGCUCAUCAUGUAGCUCCAUGUAUUUUUUCGGGGAAUCCACUGGUGGGGCGAGUUCAAUGCUCUCUUUUUUCCUUUUGCUGGUCGUCGUGCUGGUGGUAGUGCCGCAGAACGGCUAAGUUUGUUUGUUGUUUUAUGGCGA